CAGGACAGCUGGCCUGGCUCACUCCUAGCAUGAACCCCUCAGACCCUCACCUCUCAUGGGGAAAGGAGCUUCUGGGUCCUUUUGAAAACCCCACCCCACUUCCCCAGGGCUGUUCUGCAGCUGCUGGAGAGAGAGAUGCAGAAUGAACGGACUUCAGGUUUCUGGAGGAGACAAGGGAAGAAAGGUUGGAAACUAACUCUGCCAGAAACUGAUGUGUUCAGGAUUUUUCUUUUCUUCCCCUUCGUCUGCACCACAAACCCAUCUCUUCUGGGGGCAUCACGACAUAGGCUCCCCUUGUCUGGCAGAGAAACAGCUGGAAACGGGCUCCCUGAGACAGGAGGGCUGCUCAUCUUCCUCUGGCCACACAUUGUAAACGAAGUAAUGCAUGCAGAAUAACAGAACGCGGUGCGGGGAGCAAGUGUGAAAUGCAUAGGCUGUGAUUCAACUCUUCACUGUCUACCGGAAUCCAACUGGCUCUGAAAUUGAGAGGAAGUUUUAUUUCCAUUCAGCUGCCGUGUAUUUCUCUUGAUUGGAGUGCAUCCUGGAAUGACGUCUUCGGUGAUGCCCAUGCCUUCGAGGGUCCGGGGCCUGCAUCCCAGACACCAUCACUCUCGCUCAUGCAGCCCUUUGAGUCAGCUCUUGCCUGGCUCCGUGGAGCCAUCGUCCAUCAAGGGCCUUUACUACCGCAGGGCCCGGAAGGUAGGUGCGCUGGACGCUUCCCCGACGGCAGACCUGAAGAAGGAGAUCCUGGUGAACGUCGGGGGCAGGAGGUACGUCCUUCCCUGGAGCACGCUGGACGAGUUUCCCCUGAGCCGCCUGAGCAAGCUCAAGUUCUGCCGGAGCCACGAGGAGAUCGCGCUGCUCUGUGAUGACUACGAUGAGGACAACCAGGAGUUCUUCUUCGACAGGAGCCCCAGUGCUUUUGGGAUGAUUGUGAGCUUCCUGGCGGCCGGCAAGCUGGCCCUCCUGCGGGAGAUGUGCGUGCUGUCCUUCCAGGAGGAGCUCACCUACUGGGGGAUCGAAGAAGCCAACCUGGAGAAGUGCUGCCUACGGAAACUGCUGAAGAAGAUGGAGGAGGUGGCCGAGCUGCACAGGGAGGAGGCCCUGCAGCAACAGACGGAGGCGUGCGGCCCCGCCGUGGACCACUCACGCUGUGGACUCUUCAUGAACUGUCUGCGGGAAAUGGUGGAAAACCCACAGUCGGGGCUGCCCGGGAAGGUCUUUGCCUGUCUGUCCAUCCUUUUCGUGGCCACCACGGCAGUCAGCUUGUGCGUCAGCACCAUGCCCGACCUGAGGGCCGAGGAGGACAAGGGUGAGUGCUCUCAGAAGUGCUACUAUAUUUUCAUCGUGGAGACAGUGUGCGUCGCCUGGUUUUCCCUGGAGUUCUGCCUGCGGUUUGUCCAGGCCCGAAACAAGUGCCAGUUCUUCCAGGGGCCCCUGAACCUCAUAGACAUCCUGGCCAUCUCCCCCUAUUACGUGUCCCUGGCGGUGCCUGAGGAGCCCCAAGAAGAUGGCGAGAAGCCUGGCGGCGGCAGCUCCUACCUGGAGAAGGUGGGGCUGGUGCUGCGAGUGCUGCGGGCACUGCGCAUCCUCUACGUAAUGCGCCUGGCCCGCCACUCGCUGGGCCUGCAGACGCUGGGCCUCACCGUGCGCCGCUGCACGCGCGAGUUCGGCCUGCUCCUCCUCUUCCUCUGCGUGGCCAUCACCCUCUUCUCUCCUCUGGUCUACGUGGCCGAGAAUGAGUCCGGGCGGGUCCUGGAGUUUACUAGCAUCCCGGCCUCCUACUGGUGGGCUAUCAUCUCCAUGACGACGGUGGGCUAUGGAGACAUGGUCCCGCGCAGCGUCCCGGGCCAGAUGGUGGCCCUCAGCAGCAUCCUGAGUGGGAUCCUCAUCAUGGCCUUCCCUGCCACGUCUAUCUUCCACACCUUCUCACACUCCUACCUGGAGCUCAAGAAGGAGCAGGAGCAGCUCCAGGCUCGCCUCCGCCGCCUGCAAAAGUCCACCACCGCCAGUGAACGUGAACUCCUGAACGAUGUGGAUGACCUAAUCCUGGAGGGACCCGCCUCACCCAUCAAAUACAUUUAACUCGAAACCUCUCAUGAGUACGCUGGGACUUCAACCCAUCACCCUUGGCUGAUAUGGGCUGGAGAACACCAGGCACAGACUAUAUGAUGGUAUGUUCCUCAGGGAGUGCUCCCAAAGCUAGGAGGGGCUCAAGGCCAGAGAUGUAGGCCCUCGUGACUCUUGACCCUCCUGGCCACGACAAUCUCCCUUUAUUCUCAUUUCCUUCCCAACAGUCUUCAACAUUUCAGGCUGGGCUCCCAUGGAACCCAGCCUACAGAAUUCCAUUCUUCUGCUAAGACCCUCUUUCCUGUCCCACCCCACCACCAGAAACUGGAAAGUACAGUCACUGCAGACCCAUCUGAUCAGAUCUCCUCACCCAGCCUUAUCAGGGUUCCAGCAGGGAUCAAUAUGUUCUCCUUUUCUUCACCGCCUCCAGUGGUUUUCCUAAUGCAGCCGCCUCCCCACUUCCCGCCCAGCUCUGGAAGCUCUUAGCCAAGAAGGCAGAACUGGUCUCUUUGCAUUAAAUCACACAAUGGCUGCAAGCCGGCCAUCCCUCCUGACUUGCCUGGGACCUGGGCAGGAGUGCUGCUUGCAAGAACAGCAGGCCCUCCUUGGCCGACUGGACUCCAGGUAGGGCUUUCUCCAAUUAUCCAGUCCUUGGCCUUGACAGAGGCUGACUCUUGCAGGGCUCUGCAUUGUCCCUUGAGGGAACCCUGUUCCUACUGCUGGUUCCUCCAGGAUUGCAAGAACCUCAGUUUUCCACCCUCUCAGCUCAGCCACCAUGGAUGCAGCGUAGAUUCAACGCAGCAACGAGGGCAGCCUUAAGAUCUGCCCCUCACCUGCCCCUUGGACCAGACCCUUGAUGCCAGAGAAUAGACAUCCUCAGCUUAUAUUAAAAUGUAUUUAUUUAUGUAUCUACUCAUUAACAGAUUUGACCCUGUACAUCCAGUGUAGGAGGCAGAUGUAGGACCAAAUCGAGAUAAAAAGCAGUGUAUGCUGAGACCAGAGAGGAAAGAGCAACGAAUCCUGAGCACUUGGCUCACAAAGGGCAUCACAGAGACCCAGGAAGGGUUGAGUAGUGUGCAGGGGUGUUUGGCAGGCAAAGCUGGAGAGGUGGGUUGGGGUGAGAAGGUGGUGGGUUGUGGGUGCUGGGCAGAGGAUUUGGAUGUUUUUGUAGAUGGAGAGGAGAUGUUGGAGGAAGAAAUGAUGUGAAGGGACUGCGGGGAUAGGUGAUGAAGGUGAUGAGCAGAUGGGAUGCAGGAAGACCAGUUUGGAACAGAGAAUGAUUGAGCAAUUCAGGCGAGAUAUGAGGGCCGACCUCCUGUGGGUUAUUAAGUUGAUGCCAAGUCCUGGCAUCUCGUCUGUUGUCCCCCAGCAAAGCACACCUGGCAGAAGUCUCGAUGGCAUCUCCCCUAAGUGACAUGGCCAUGCAGUUACUCACCCCUGGUUCCAAAUCCCCCAGAGAGAGUGCACUGGGAUAUUAUUAAUGAGCGAAGGUGAGGCAGUCACCUUCAGAUCGGAUGUAGUUUAUGUGUAAUCGCAUUAGCACUUCAUCACUGGGGACAACUUACUUGCUAUUCAUUUUUUUCUGCUAGUAUUUAGCACAGGCCUACUAUGUGCCAAGCACACACUUCCCUCUGACCUCAAUGCCAGGGUCAGCACGGCUGGGGGCUCUGGCUCAGGGGAGCACCCACACCAAAACCUGGCUUCAAUCUAGCCUUGGCCUCGUGGGGAGCCUUUGUUCCCUUUGACUGCUCUGGGGUGCCCUUCCAGCUGAGGAAGGCACAUGUCCCCAUUCAUCUAGAUCUCAAGAGUAGGCAGGGCAUUCCCCCAGUCUGUCACACACUGACAUUUUACCGAGUAAGCUCUUUGACUAGUGGCAUAGUGGCCACUCACACAAGGAAAGGCCCCACCUCUAUAAAAUCCACAUGUGACUUUGGCUCUUUCCCUCUCUGUCAGCUUCGGGGGUAGGGCUAGAUCUGUGGUUUUCUGGCUGCUGGAGUUUGGCGAAGAGCCUCAGGGCUUUUGUGUGGGUGGAAUAUUCUGUACCCCAGGGUGCAACAUUUGCAAGUAAUGAUUUUUAAAAGGAUGUGCAAAUUUCUAGACACCUUCCCCACUUCCAAUCAGUGCAUAUCCAUGGCCCUUUGAACUGAGAUGGCAAGCUCAUCGCAGACCAGGGAAGAGUAUUCAACAACCAGCAGAAGGCCUGGAACCCACAUCAGACCCCUCACUGGCCCUCCCUCCUCUCAUUGGAGACCUUUCCUGUGUGCGUGCCAAGUGCAAUAUUCUCACUCCAGCUCUGCCCAUCGCUAGGACUGGCGUCCACCCAGGCAUCUCCAUUUUCCUCUGUUUCACAUACCAAGCAUCUGAACAAAAGCAUGCAGGGACUGAAAGAAAAAUAGGUGAGCCCAACACCAACAUUACAAGGUUCUAAGUGUCUUAGUACACAUCAGCAGAAAUUCUUUACUAAAUUAGAAGUGGAAAACUGGAAUCAAUUGCUCACAUGUAGGGCUUAAUUAAAUGCUCUAUUUUUUUCUCCCCAGUAAUGUCCUGGGGGACUAGUCUAGCUUUGCAGAGUCCCGCUUUCCUUCAUGCUGAUUGGCUGAUGUAGCAAUGACAAGCAACUUGCUAGACAGUCUCUUCAUCCCCAUUGGCUGGAAGGACUCUUGUGAUUCCCAGAAGGGCUUGUUUUAUCUGAGGCCAAUGGGUGUGACUGUAACCAAAGAGAGUAAUUUUCCAGCUAAAGCCAAAGAGCAAAUGGCCUUUACCUCAAGCCAUUUUCAUGUUGUAUUGUAGAUACAUCUACCAGAGGUAGAUUUAAAAUGUUGGUUCAACAUCUCCUAGCCAGACAGAGUUGAGCCCAAAAAGUGACUUGGAGAUGGAUGGGUUAAUUCUUUAACACAAUGUAAGUGAGGCUCCACCCACUGACUCCAUUUUGGUGGCUUUUAAGACUUGAGAAAUUGGUAACUGGAAGGCCCAUCACAAGACAAUCUAAGCAGGGAGUUUCCAUGAGGUGGGUCUGUGAACCUGUGGAGAUCACGCAUCUGCUUUGAAAAGGGGUCCAACAAUUUUACCAGAUCCUCAAAGGAAUCCACAACCCUGCAAAAAGGAUAAAAAGUUCUUAAGUCAACCAGUGCCCACAUUUUAAGAUGGAGAGACCAAGGCUCAGAGAGGGAAAGCCACCUGUCCAAGGCCACAAAGCCAGUUCAUUUAGUUAGAUCCAAGUAUCCUGGUUCCCAGCAGAAUACUCUUUCUAGUCUAUCAUGCUGCUGCUCUUAGGCUCACCUAAAACAGUGCCCAAACCCUCAAAGAAAAUAAUUCAAGACAAGAUUAUAACAACACUACAAUGCUUUCCUGAGCAGAGGAAGUAGGGCUGGCUUGGGAUGUCUCGGGCACCAACUCUCACCUAUCCUGCGUUAUAUAACAGUGGACCUAGAAAUUGAUUUCACUGUAUCUUCCUUUUCUCAUUGAUUCCAAGAAGAGGGUAGAUGAGAUGGUGGUUAAAGUCCUUCCCAGUGUGGACAGUCUGUGAUUCUGGAAGUAGAGUUCAUCGCAACAAUGUAUACUACAGAGGGGCAUGUAAGAAACAAGGAGAGGGGUGAGAAAGCCAAACAGACCAAGGUCCCUGACUAUCCACGGAAUUGUUCGCUUAGCAAAAAUCAGCAAGGAGGUCAAGUUUGAAUAGGCGAUCAUUGAGAACCCUGUCCGCCCGCUGCCUGCCACGUUCCUCCCCGCCCCACCCUGCCUCCGCACCCGCCAGUGCCUGGCUACAUAUCUGUUCAUGCCCAGCUGCCUGCACCUCUUCAGCGGCAUUCAACUCCUUGCCUCCUCUUCCUCAUGUUGAAAUACUAAUAAUGGGCAU